GUCCCGUCCCGACCUCCCCGCGCGCCCCUCUCGUGAUGGCUUUAUGGCAGCAGCUGGGAGCCGGUGCCCGCAUGGGCACGGGGCUGUGGCAGGUCCUGCUGGCUGGCACGAUCCUCAGCAGCCACAUUCAUCCCAACGGUGCCCAGCAGAGUGCCACAGUGCCCAUUCCUAUGCCUGGCUCUGCCUCCGACCUGCUCCCACACUUCCUGCUGGAGCCUGACGAUGUUUACAUUGUCAAGAACAAACCGGUGACCCUGGCCUGCAAGGCCAUGCCUGCCACCCAGAUCUACUUCAAGUGCAACGGCGAGUGGGUGCACCAGGGCGACCACCUCAUCCAGCGCAGCAAGGACAAAAGCACGGGUCUGCCGCUCAUGGAGGUGAGGAUCGACAUUUCACGGCAGCAGGUGGAGAAGAUCUUUGGCUUGGAAGAGUACUGGUGCCAAUGCGUUGCCUGGAGCAGUUCUGGCACCACCAAGAGCCAGAAGGCCUAUGUGCGCAUUGCUUAUUUGCGGAAGAAUUUUGAGCAGGAGCCCGUGGCCAAAGAGGUCUCGAUUGAGCAGGGAAUUGUGCUGCCUUGCCGCCCUCCAGAGGGGAUCCCACCAGCUGAAGUCGAGUGGCUGCGCAAUGAAGAGCUCGUGGACCCCACUCUGGACCCCAAUUUCUACGUCACGCUGGAGCAUAGCCUGGUAGUGAAGCAGGCCCGUCUGGCCGACACGGGCAACUAUACCUGCGUGGCCAAGAACAUUGUGGCCCGGCGCCGCAGCUCGCCUGCCACAGUCACUGUCUACGUGCCUGGCGGCUGGUCAGCCUGGAGCUUGUGGUCAGUGUGCGGCGCAGACUGUACACACUGGCGGAGCCGUGAAUGCUCGGAUCCAGUGCCCCGGAAUGGCGGGGACGAGUGCCAGGGGCCGGAGCUGGAGACCCGCAACUGCACCAGUGAGCUGUGUAGUCAUGGAACCGGUGGCUCCGAGGACGUGGCUCUGUACGUGGGCCUGAUCGCUGUGGCUGUCUGCUUGGUGCUGCUUCUCCUGGUGGUCACCCUUGUCUAUUGCCGCAAGAAGGAAGGGCUGGAUUCCGAUGUGGCCGACUCUUCCAUUCUCACAGCUGGCUUCCAGCCAGUCAGCAUCAAGCCCACCAAAGCAGAUAAUUCCCACUUACUCACUAUUCAGCCAGACCUGAGCACCACCACCAUGACCUACCAGGGCUCGCUAUGCCCACGCCAGGAUGGACCCAGCAAGUUCCAGAUUGGCAACGGGCACCUGCUGAGCCCGCUGGGCAGCGGACGCCACACCCUGCACCACAGUUCCCCCAGUGCAGAUCCAGUGGACUUUGUCUCGCGAUUCUCGACUCAGAGUUUCUUCCGCUCCUUGCCCAGGGGUGGGGCCAACAUGGCAUAUGGGACCUUCAACUUCCUGGGCGGACGUUUAAUGAUCCCCAACACAGGUGCCAGCUUGCUCAUCCCACCUGAUGCCAUCCCACGGGGAAAGAUCUAUGAAAUCUACCUGACGCUGCACAAGCAGGAGGACGUGAGGCUGCCCCUGGCUGGCUGCCAGACCCUGUUGAGUCCCAUUGUCAGCUGUGGCCCUCCCGGGGUGCUGCUUACCAGGCCUGUCAUCCUAGCCAUGGACCACUGUGUGGAGCCGAACCCUGAGACCUGGAGUCUCCGCCUCAAGAAGCAGUCCUGUGAAGGAACUUGGGAGGACGUGCUGCACCUGGGUGAGCCGGCCCCCUCGGAGCUGUACCACUGCCAGCUGGAACCCCAGUCUUGCUACAUCUUCACUGAGCAACUGGGCCGCUUCGCCCUGGUGGGGGAGUCGCUCAGCAUGGCUGCUUCGAAGCGCCUCAAACUGGUUCUUUUUGCACCAACGACUUGCACUGGGCUGGAAUAUGAUGUCCGUGUGUAUUGCCUCAGUGACACCCGUGAUGCACUCAAGGAAGUGGUACAAAUAGAGAAGCAGAUGGGGGGCCAGCUGAUCGGUGCACCACGGAUCCUACACUUCAAGGACAGUUACCACAACCUGCGCCUCUCCAUCCAUGAUGUGCCCAGCUCACUGUGGAAGAGCAAGCUCCUGGUCAGCUAUCAGGCAAAGUUAGGCCUUGUCAUCCUGCAGAAGCCUUUCUUCAUCCCCCUUUAGGAAAGCAACACACCCCAACCUCAGCCUUCCCUCUCUUGACAGGAGAUUCCCUUCUAUCACCUUUGGAGUGGGCUGCAGCCAUACCUGCACUGCACCUUUACGCUGGAGCGACUCAGCACGAGCACUUGCCAGUUGGCCUGCAAGAUCUGGAUCUGGCAGGUGGAGGGUGAUGGGCAGAGCUUCAAUAUCGACUUCAACAUUGCCAAGGAUGCACGGUUCUCGGACUGGCUGCCCCCAGACAACGAGGCUGGCUCCCCUGCCCUGGUGGGCCCCAGUGCCUUCAAGAUCCCCUUCCUCAUCCGCCAGAAGAUCAUAAGCAGCCUGGAUGCACCCGGGGCCCGUGGGGCUGACUGGAGAGCAUUAGCCCAAAAGCUGCACCUCGACAGCCAUCUCAGCUUCUUUGCUUCGAAGCCCAGCCCAACGGCCAUGAUCUUGAACUUAUGGGAGGCUCGUCACUUCCCCAAUGGAAACCUCAACCAGCUGGCCGCUGCUGUGGCUGAGGUGGGCAAGCAGGACAGCUCCCUCUUCAUGGUUUCAGAGGCUGAGUGCUAAGGCGCUCGGAGUGGGCAGCACAGGCCCUCGCUGGGGGAUGACAGGGGGCGUCUCCAUUGGAAGGGGGCGGUGCUUCCGUACUUGCCCUGCUUUGACUAUGCCUGUGUGCCCUGCCUGAGGCAUGCUGGCCUCAUGCCCUCUAUUCCUUGUGCCAAAAACAGCCAGAAGGCAAGCACACUGGGCUCAGCUUCCAGUAGCCAUGGAAAAGGCGACUGAAGGCCUGCCCUGCCGCUACCAAGGCAGCUCCGGGACUGGCUGAGGGAGGCCUGUCCCUUCUACUGGAGUAGGCUGGCAAUGGAUUCUGAUGUGCUAAUACCUGGCUUGGUCAUGUGCCCAUGGCCCUCUUCUACCCUACCACGGGAAGAAAGGUGAAGGGAGAUGGCUGGCCUGGCACUCAUUGUGCGCGGCCAGGACAAACAGGUAAGCUUGGUCUUGGAGCCGAGAUGUCUGUGCCCCUCCCACUGCAGCCCCCAGGAAGCCCCAUCCUGUGUUAAGGUAGAAGGUAGGGGGGAUAGCUCAGGAUAAACCCAGAGCCAUCUCUGUAUAUUUUUGCUCCAGCCCAAGAGAUACCCAAGACUCAGUCAUAGAGGGAAGCCCAUGGGUUAAUGGUUUGCAGACACUGGGACCCCCCAGGGGACAAGGGAGGGACAGGAGGUCUAGGCGGAGAGCAGCCCAGGGCUAAGGGCCAUGCUGUACCGGGUUGCUGGAUCUGUGCCUCCUUAGUCCUCGUCCAGUGUAUAUGCAAAGGGAAUUGUGCGUGUGCGUGGCAGUCCAAUCCGUGCAGUGAACGUGUGCUGGACCAGACGGGUCCAUGCCGUAUUGUGUAAAGAUCAUUUUUUAUUCUGUAUUCAAGUGCAUUCAAGUAUUUACACUUGGCCUUAUGUACAUAUAAGCGUCCCGCACAGCGUUUU